ACUUUCUUUGAUGAGCUGCCCAGCUCGUACACAACCGUCACUAUUUCAAAUGCAGACAACGCCAUUUCUACUGUCCAAUUUCUUGACUCUACCCAUAGUCUAACCAGGCUGUUUAAUAACCUUGGUUCUGCAUUUUCGAUUGUCAGCACUGACAUGCAUGGUAAUAUCACGAAAAUACGUGCAAGCUAUGACAAAGAUCCUACAAAAUGUGGCACAUUGCAAGAGCUUGUCAAAACCAAAUUAGCAGCAAAGGAAACAACUGGUGUUGAUGCCCUUUUAUGGCUUAAGCGAGGUCUUCAAUUUACUGCUUCUGGUUUAAGACGUAACUUGAACAAUCCUACCGAAGAGCUGUCUGUAUCAUUCAACAAAGCGUACGAGGGUGGUUUGUCAAAACACCACAACUUUAUGAUUCGUAACGUGUUUUCUCUUGCUAUGAAGGUGUGUCCAUCGCGAGCUGAUUUUUACGCAAAGCUUGCUGGGUCUGAUCCAGCCAAAAUGAAGGAACAGCUCGAGGCUUGGCUUGCAGCUCUUGAAAAGCAGGUUGCAAUCAUUGACGAAUUCCUCAGAACUCUGAAUAUUGAAAAAUAA